AAGCACUUUUUUUUUUGUCAGAGGCGUCCGUCCACGUUACACCCAGGAGGCAGCGCGCAGACUCGAUCUCGACUCGGAGCGCGACAUUUAUAGUGAGGCUGGCUUCUGUAUAUAAGUCCAUUCAGCGUCUCCUCUGCAAGUAACUACACACUUGUUUCCUCAACGGAGCGAAGGAGGAACAUCUCGCCAACUACCUGGCAACCUUCUAGGCUUGUACAGGACCUCCUCUAAAGACUGAAGAUUCCUGUUGAUAUCCUGACAUGAAGCUCAAUUUAUUUGGUACCACCGUGAUUCUGCUAGUUGCCUUCUUACCGCGCCACGAAUGUCGGGCUGUUGACAGUCGUGGUGGUGCCCUGCGCGUCCUGGCUCCACAAACCCCAAACUCCCAGCAGCAGCAGCAACAGCAGUCUGCUCCAAUCCUGGAGCGGCUUGGAGAGGAGUAUUUCGUCCGACUUGGCAACGAGGACUCUAACUCUUUGCCGUCGUCGUCCUCCUCCUCGUCAUCCAUGUAUCCCGGUGGAGCUCCCGCGACCUACAACAGAGCUUUGCAGCUGCAGCUGACGCGGCGUCUAUUACAAGGGAAAGUUGGGAACAUCAGAGCGCUCUUCAGCGGCUUCGAUGACCGCGGGGACGAGUCGAUGGAGAGGGGGAGGAGGUCCGAAGACCCGGCGAUUUCCCUGGACCUGACCUUCCACCUGCUACGGGGGAUGAUGGAGAUGUCCAGGGCGGAACAGCUGGCAGAGCAGGCGAAAAAUAACGAGAUUUUGAUGGAGCGCUACGGGAAAUGAGGAGCUCCUUUCACUCCGCCAAAGAUCUCCUUUCCCUUGUUUUUAUUUUUUUAAUUAAUAUUAUUAUCAUUUCUUAUAUUUGACCUCUUUUUCCUUCAUGCAUUUUUACCAUCGGCACAAAAAGUGCUCUGUACAAUAUAGUGUUGUUGUAUCACACUAUUAUUUAUAGCUUUGACCUCACAGUGUGGAGCAUAAAACGGGCUUGACCUAUGAUAAUGAUCCGAUUGUAAUUUUUGCCAUUCUGAUGAUGUUGGUGUCAAAAUUCUGUUUUUGAAUUUCCACAACAUUUCUAUUGAAGACAUGAAAAAUAAUUGCAUUGACAAAAAAGUUUUUUUUUUGUUUUGUUUCUAGUUUAUGGAUCUCUGUAUUUAUGGAAUUUAUGUUUGUUAAUAAACUUAUGUGCAACCAGUCAUUUUCUGUUGUGCAA